CGGAAGUUUAUCCGGUAGACGCUAUCACAAAAUGGCAGAAUUUUGCACGUAUUUCUAAUAUUUAAUCGGAUGACAUCUGUAUUAGCGUGGACUUCUCAUGCAUAUUUAGAUUAGUACAAUGUUCCUGUACAAUUUAACUCUUCAGAGGGCUACUGGAAUUGUUUCUGCAAUCCAUGGCAACUUCUCAGGAACGCGAUUACAGGAGAUUGUGGUGUCUCGAGGGAAGACCCUGGACUUAUUACGACAUGAUCCAAACACUGGCAAAAUCUACCCCAUUCUCUCUGUCGAGGUGUUCGGAGUUAUUCGAGCCAUCAUGCCAUUCAGACUUACCGGUGGUUCAAAAGACUUCAUAAUUGUUGGUAGUGAUUCUGGACGUAUUGUAAUUCUUGAGUAUAUUCCUGCUAAAAAUACCUUCGAGAAGGUUCAUCAAGAAACAUUUGGUAAAAGUGGAUGUCGACGUAUUGUACCUGGUCAGUUUUUGGCUGUCGAUCCCAAAGGCAGAGCUGUUAUGGUUGGAGCGGUAGAGAAACAGAAACUGGUGUACAUUUUGAACCGAGACGCUCAAGCACGGCUGACUAUCUCGUCUCCUCUGGAGGCUCACAAAUCUAACACACUUGUCUACCACAUGGUCGGAGUCGAUGUCGGCUUUGAGAAUCCAACGUUUGCCUGCCUGGAGAUCGAUUAUGAGGAGUCUGACAGCGAUCACACUGGCGACGCGGCACAGCGAACACAGCAGCUGUUGACCUACUACGAGUUGGAUCUUGGUCUUAACCACGUCGUAAGGAAGUACUCGGAACAACUCGAGGAGCAUGCCAACUUCCUGAUAUCAGUGCCUGGAGGGAAUGAUGGACCUAGUGGUGUACUCAUUUGCUCUGAGAACUAUGUGACGUACAAAAACCUGGGUGAUCAGCCAGACAUCAGAUGCCCUAUUCCCAGAAGAAGGUACGAUCUUGAUGAUCCAGAGAGGGGAAUGAUAUUUGUUUGUAGUGCUACACACAAAACCAAGUCAAUGUUUUUCUUCUUGGCACAAACAGAACAAGGAGAUAUCUUCAAAAUUACAUUAGAAACUGACGAAGACAUGGUGACCGAGAUUCGACUGAAAUAUUUUGACACUGUUCCUGUGGCUGUCAGUAUGUGUGUUCUCAAGUCUGGAUUCUUGUUCCUAGCUGCUGAGUUCGGAAACCAUAACCUGUAUCAGAUAGCUCACCUUGGAGACGAUGAUGGGGAGCCGUAUUUCAGCAGUGCUCUGCCCUUAGAGGAGGGAGAUACUUUCCUGUUUGCGCCGCGACCACUGAAGAACCUAGUGUCUGUAGAUGAAAUGGACAGCUUGUCUCCCAUUAUGUACACACAGAUUGCUGACUUGGCAAAUGAAGACACGCCCCAGAUUUACACACUAUGUGGGCGUGGCCCCAGAUCUUCACUGAGAAUUUUGAGACAUGGGCUGGAGGUUUCUGAGAUGGCUGUGUCCGAGCUGCCCGGUAACCCCAACGCAGUAUGGACAGUGAAGAAAAGAACUGAUGACGACUACGACUCGUACAUCAUCGUGUCCUUCGUGAACGCCACCCUUGUGCUGUCCAUCGGAGAAACCGUUGAGGAAGUCACGGAUUCCGGAUUCUUAGGAACCACGCCCACCAUCUCGUGUUCUCAGUUGGGAGAUGAUGCUCUGGUACAGAUUUAUCCAGAUGGUAUUCGUCAUAUCAGAGCUGACAAGCGUGUGAAUGAGUGGAAAACCCCGGGAAAGAAGAACAUCGUGAAGUGUGCUGUCAAUCAGCGACAGGUUGUUAUCGCCCUCACUGGCGGAGAACUUGUCUACUUCGAGAUGGACCCAACUGGCCAGCUGAAUGAGUACACUGAACGUAAGGAGAUGUCUGGUGACGUCGUGUGUAUGGCACUGGGUCGAGUCCCCACCGGAGAGCAGAGGUCUCGCUUCCUGGCAGUCGGAUUGUCUGACAACACAGUCAGAAUUAUCUCCCUUGAUCCUACCGAUUGUCUUUCUCCACUAAGUAUGCAGGCUCUCCCAGCUCCACCGGAAUCACUGUGUAUUAUUGAAAUGGGUGGAUCAGAAUCUAAAGAAGAAACAGGGGAGCCAGGUUCACAAGGAGGGUUGUAUCUGAACAUUGGCCUUCAGAAUGGUGUGCUGUUGCGGACUGUCUUGGACUUGGUGACAGGUGAUCUCUCUGACACGAGGACUCGGUACAUCGGAUCUCGAGCGGUCAAACUCUUCAGAAUAUCAAUGCAGGGCUCCGAGGCUGUUCUAGCAAUGUCGAGCCGGACUUGGCUGAGCUACACCUAUCAGAGCCGAUUUCAUCUGACACCGCUGUCCUACGAGAGUCUGGAAUACGCAUCGGGGUUUGCUUCAGAACAGUGUCCAGAGGGUAUCGUCGCCAUCUCCACAAAUACACUGAGGAUUUUGGCUCUGGAGAAACUGGGUGCUGUGUUUAACCAGGUGUCAUGGCCUCUGCAGUACACGCCACGCAAAUUUGUCAUCCACACCGAGAGCAACCACCUGGUGGUGCUGGAGACUGACUACAACUCGUACACCGAGGAUACCAAGAAACAACGCAAACAGCAGAUGGCAGAGGAAAUGGUGGAAGCUGCUCAGCAGGAGGAUGAGCAACAGUUGGCGGCCGAGAUGGCUGCAGCUUUCCUGAAUGAAGAUCGGUCAGAGGUCAUCUUCGGGGCUCCUAAAGCCGGACCGGGGAUGUGGGCAUCGAUAAUCCGAAUUAUUAACCCCAUCACUGGAGAGACACUCGACAAGAUCUCGCUCGAACAGAACGAGGCAGCUCACAGCAUAGCACUUGUGAAGUUCUCAAGCAAGCCGGAUGAGGUGUUUGUGAUAGUGGGCGUGUCGCGUGACUUGGUGUUGAACCCACGAUCUCUGACUGGCGGUUUUCUUUAUACAUACCAUCUGACCAAUCAAGGCUCAAAACUGGAACUACUUCAUAAAACAACUGUUGACAAUGUACCCGGAGCUAUCUGUGCGUUUCAGGGCCGUGCGUUGAUUGGUGUUGGCAGAUAUUUACGUGUUUAUGAUCUGGGAAAGAAGAAACUGUUGAGGAAAUGUGAAAACAAGCAUGUUCCGAACUGCAUUGUGUCGAUCCAUGCGUUGGGAAACCGAGUGAUGGUUGCUGACGUCCAGGAAAGUUUUCACUUUGUCCGAUACAAGCGACAGGAGAACCAGCUGAUCGUGUUUGCCGAUGAUACGAACCCGCGCUGGAUUACCUGCUCUUGUCAACUCGACUACACCACCGUAGCGGGUGCAGACAAAUUUGGAAAUAUAUCUAUAAUCCGCCUUCCAACGGACGUGUCUGAUGAUGUUGAUGAAGAUCCGACUGGGAACAAGGCACUCUGGGACCGGGGUCUUCUCAGUGGUGCGUCACAGAAGGCCGAUAUAGUUGCGAGUUUCCACAUUGGUGAAGUGAUUACGUCUCUACAGAAGGCGACGCUGAUACCUGGAGGUUCCGAGUCCCUCGUCUACACGACGCUGUCUGGUGCUAUAGGAAUGCUGGUGCCAUUCACAUCACACGAGGAUCACGAUUUCUUCCAGCAUUUAGAAAUGUACAUGAGAUCAGAGUACCCUCCCUUGUGUGGACGUGACCACCUGGGAUUCCGUUCAUAUUAUUAUCCAAUCAAGAAUGUUCUUGAUGGCGACUUGUGCGAGAUGUUUAAUUCGCUGGAUAUUUCCAAACAGAAGAGUGUUGCCGAGGAGCUUGAGAGAACACCCAGUGAGGUGUCAAAGAAACUUGAAGAUAUCAGAACAAGAUAUGCUUUCUAGAAGACGAGGCUAAUAACGCUACUAUUCCAUGGAAACUACGUUAUGCCACGCCAAGGACCAAGGAAGCAUGUUCUAUGCAGUCUUGAGAUAUUCAGCAGUAAUGUUACGUGAAAAGUAUUCAAACAAUCUGAAAUACCUUAAUAUUUGACAUUAGUCAGCAUUUAUCCUAAAAAAUACUUUGUAUUUUUACGAACAUGUGAAUAAAACACAAAAAAAACAUUGCUGGCUAAUAUCAAUAGGUAUUUGGAUGGGAGCAUAACAAGGAGACGGUUACGUAGAAUGGGUAGUAUUUCCACUAUGCUGCGGAAACUGUACCUGUAUAUAUAUAAAAAGUGCAUCCUCUAACCCCAACUACUACUGAAAUUGGAAGAUAAAAUCCAGCAAAAGUUGUUUCACCAACAGUUUUUAAGUUGUAUGUUAGAAGGGUUAUAGUGUUUAGCUGUAAGUUUUUGUAUUGAGCUUUCGCUUGUUGGGUUACACUUACUCCUGUUGAUGAUCAUCUAAAAAAAAAUUCAAUAAAAAGUGAUAUAUUUACACCAAACCAGUUCAUGGAAGCUGCAUGGUUUAAAAGAUAAGGCUCUUAAUACUUUAUAUCUUUUCAACAUGACUGGAACAGGAAGGAGUGUGCAGUAGAAGAAUUUUAGGCCAUCCCAUUGGCUGUUGGGAUGUUCUUUCCAUUCUACUAACCGUACGGAAUAUGCACUAGUUUUGAGGACAGGUGAUGUAUCUAUAAAAGAGAAAACACUCCCAAGUUUUCUCCAGAGAAUAUUUUUGCUUGAACUAAACAAGUAGACCAAGCUAGUCUCCAUAACCAUUACUUCUCGGAGAUACUUAACUAUAAAAUGGAAGUAAAAUCUGAUUUCAUUAUGUUUAUAAAUACGGACUUGUCACUUUAAAACUAAACUGCAGAUUGAAGCUUUAAAUCAAAUCAUGAUUAAUCCUUAUAUUUGUGAGUUUGUUUGGAAAUUGAGAUGUUUACUGCAAUAGUGUAAUUUGAGGCUAACAACAUAACUGAAUAAAUAGCACUUUGUGAUGGCUUAAUUGAUUCUGGAUGUCAUAUGGGAUUAUUUAUAGACAGUUACUGUUUUAGAAUAUGGGUUGCAGGCAUCUUCGGAACUUUGAGGAAUUAUGAUUGGGUAUGUUGUAAUAACCUAGUGGUUACCGUUGUACGAACUACUCAUGACCAAAGAAUACUUUUCUUUUGAGCACAAUCAUGAUGGAAAAUAUAUUUAGUCUGAAAAUAAUUGUGCCAGGGAGAUAAAAUCUUGUAGAUAUUUUCAGGAAUUCCACAUUUCAGCAGGAUCAAAAACUGUUCCAUUCUGUAUGCUUUGAUUGCUGGCUCACCCCUGCAUUUCAGGUCGCUGCAAUGUGUGUUUCAUUCACGAUGGUGGCUUGAUAAAUUGGAUAUAUGUGUGUCUCAGGCUUCUGAAAAUUGUGCGACCAAUAGUUGUUUCAGCAUCGCUCACAAAUCUAAUUUUGUGUAAACCUUUUUUCGACAUUUUCUAUCUAUGGGAUGCUGCAUAUAAAAGAUUCCUUGCAGUUAAUUGGAAAAGUAUCCUAUUGCUUGGCAGUAGCAAAGUUUCCUCAUUAUCUGAGUGAUUCUUAACCAUAUGUUCGACGCCAUACAACCGUAAUUAAAAAUGUGUCAAGUGCGUCGUUAAAUAAAACAUUCAUUUCUUCCCUUUUUUUCAUUUGCACAUUAAAUUGUCAUUUUCAAUGGUUUUGAAGGGUUGCGCAAAAAAAGACUGGUUUAUCUGGAUUUGUUUUUGCAUGACCCAUACAUGGUUUAUGCAAACAAAUUUUUUUUUUUUAGAGGCCUAGUCUUUGUUCAUUGAAACCACUAGUGCUGUAUUAGAGGACCAUUAGUAACAAGUAGCUUUAUGGGCACGUUCUGUAAAUUACCUGUUCAUUGUAUCUACCAUUAUUUUCAUACACCUCAUUUCACACCUGUUUUAUGUGUUUGUAAUAAAAUAUUCCACAUCAA